GGAAACAAACCUGAAGUUCAGACAAGCCCUUCUGGUUACCCACCAGGAGCUGGUGAGUGAGGAGAGCAUGGCUGCCUUCGAUGGGCGAGUGACCUGCGAAGAGCCCAACAGCCGCAUGCACACCUUCACCGGCACGCUGGAGUGGAGGGGCGAGACCUACUCUCUCGACAGCGAAAGGAUCUUGCUGAGAGGCUGCAAGCUUCGCAACACCGACAUGUGCUACGGCUUGGUGAUCUAUGCAGGAUUUGAUUCCAAAAUUAUGAGGAACUGUGGAAAGAUCAAGAGGAAGAAAACCAAGCUGGACCGCAUGAUGGACCGGCUGGUGAUCAUAAUCUUCCUGCUGCUGUUGGUCACGUCGCUGUGCCUUGCUGUUGCCUCGGGGUUCUGGGCCAGGAUGUUCCAGGAGAAGCACAGCUACCUCUCUGCUCUCUACAAGCACACGACUCCUGCCCAGCAGGCCUUCUUCAACUUCUGGGGCUUCACCAUCCUCCUGAGCAUCAUCAUACCCAUGUCCAUGUAUAUCACGUUUGAAUUCAUCUAUCUGGUGAACAGCUGUUUUAUCAACUGGGAUCUGGAAAUGUAUUACGCUGCCAAAGACAUCCCAGCAAAAGCCAGAAGCACCAGCCUCAAUGACCAACUCGGCCAGAUCGAAUAUAUCUUCUCGGACAAGACUGGCACCUUGACACAAAAUGUCAUGAGCUUCAAGAAAUGCUGUGUCAAUGGGAUCAUCUACGGUACAGGCACAGGCCAUGAGAACAAACAGCCACGGGGGUCGGGGUUGACCUGGAGCCACCAAGGGGAGAAGAAGUUGGACUUCUGUGAUGCGACGCUGCUGGAAGCUGCCCAGCGGGACAGCGACCCCGUACUGCGGGAGUUCCUGAGGCUGCUGGCCCUCUGCCACACCGUCAUGGUGGAGGAGAAGGGCGACCAGCUGGUUUACCAGGCAGCUUCACCGGAUGAAGAAGCGCUGGUGUUGGCAGCCAGGAACUUGGGGUACGUCUUUCUGGCCCGAACGCAAGACACCAUCACCAUCAGCGAGCUGGGGAGGAAGAAGACGUACAAAGUGCUGGCCAUGCUGGACUUCAACAGCGACCGCAAGAGGAUGUCUGUCCUGGUGCGAGACCCCCAGGGCACGAUCCGGCUCUACACCAAGGGGGCUGACACCGUCAUCCUGGAGAGGCUGCAGAGGCGAGGGCCCAAUGAGACCUUCACUGAGAUGGCGCUGGAUCGCUUUGCCGAGGAGACACUGAGGACUUUGUGCCUGGCCAGCAAGGAGGUGAGCGAGGCGGAGUACAGCGAGUGGAGCAGGAGGCACCGCGAGGCCAGCGUCCUGCUGCAGGACCGCGCGCGGGAGCUGGACAAGCUGUACGAGGAGAUGGAGCAGAACCUGCAGCUGCUUGGGGCCACAGCCAUCGAGGACAAGUUGCAAGAUGGAGUCCCCGAGACCAUCCAGCUGCUGAAACUGGGCAACAUUAAAGUGUGGGUGCUCACGGGAGAUAAACAAGAGACCGCCAUGAACAUCGGCUACGCGUGCAAGCUGCUCACGGACGACAUGGAGAUCCUGGAGGAGAAGGAGAUCAGCGAGAUCCUCAAGGCUUACUGGGUGACCAACAACAACGUCAGUGGCAGCAGGGACGCCCUAUGCAGCGGCCACCUCUCCCAGCAGCGCCCAGAGCCUUCGCACCACAAGAAGAGAGCUCUCAUCAUCAGCGGGGACUUCCUGGACAAAAUCCUCCACACGGGAGAGGUGCUGAAGGAGAAGAAGGGGCAGCUGUGGCGGCGGCUGGCUUGCUGCGGGGCUCCAGGCUCAGAGGAGUUGGGCAGUCUGGUGGAGAAAGCCUUCGUGGACUUGGCCACCAGCUGCCAGGCGGUGAUCUGCUGCAGGGUGACCCCCAAGCAGAAAGCCCUCAUCGUGCAGCUGGUGAAGAAGCACAAAAAGGCCAUCACGCUGGCCAUCGGCGACGGGGCCAACGACGUCAACAUGAUCAAAACUGCUGACAUCGGGGUGGGCAUCAGCGGGCUGGAGGGCAUGCAAGCCGUGCAGUGCAGCGACUACGCCCUGGCGCAGUUCUCUUACCUCCAGCGCCUCCUGCUCGUCCACGGCCGCUGGGCAUACCUCCGCAUCUGCAAGUUCCUCCGCUACUUCUUCUACAAGACCUUUGCUGGCCUCAUGGCUCAGGUCUGGUUCGCUUUCCACAACGGAUUCACGGCUCAGCCUCUGUACGAUGGCUGGUUCCUUGCACUCUACAACAUUUUCUACACUGCCUACCCCAUACUGUCCGUGGGCCUUCUGGAGCAGGACGUAAGUGCCAAGAAGAGUCUGGAGUUCCCUGAGCUCUACGUGAUCGGGCAGCAAGACGAGCUCUUCAACUACCGCAUUUUCGGCGUCACGCUCCUGCAUGGGGUCAGCACCUCGCUCGCCAGCUUCUACAUUGCGCUCUGGGCCUUCGAAGACCGUGUCGGCAGCAAGGCUGUUGGUGACUAUGAGUCCUUCGGCGUCACAGUGGCCACGUCAGCACUGCUGUCGGUCAUCAUGGAGAUCGUCCUGGACACCAAGUUCUGGACAGCGUUGUCCUUCCUGAUGGUCACAGCCAGCCUGUUGCUCUUUUGCCUCUUCUCCUUCCUGACCCAAAGCAUUGACGCCUUCAGGAUAGCCCCUGCCGUCUUCCGCUUCCCAGAUGCCAGCCAGAAUGCCCUGACCGACCCCUACGUCCUGCUGGUGGUUCUGCUGUCCCUGGUUGUGAACACCAUCCCCUCGCUUGUUGUCCACUCGUACCACGCCAUUGCGGGCAAAACCACCAUCCAGCAGCCCUGAUUUCCCAUCUCCUUGCAGAAGAUCUGCCAGAAG